ACACGCCAGUAGGGCUAGUAGUAAUGUAGGAGUAGAACUAAUCUACUUCUGUCGCGUUUCUUCCCUUCGUCUACCUACCGCUUGGGCUUGGUCCGCAGUUGAUCUCUUCGCCAUGGCAACCCUCACGCUGCCGCCGGCCGCCGCCGCCGCCGCCGCCCAGGCCGGCCAGGAAGACCCGAGCGUAAUGAAGAAUCCCACCGGCGAUGCUGCAGAUUCGAGCGGCAUCGACUCCGGGUGGGUUGUUCUUGGGAAGUCCGACAUAGUUUCGGCGGAUUUGGCCGCCGCUGCCGCUGACACCGGCCACCGACAGCUCGGCUUCUCGCCGCUGCCGAUGCUUCCUAUUUGGGUACAGAUGAUGCUUGGAGGCGUCGUCUACACAGCCGUGCCAUUCUACAAGAGGGUCAGGAAGAUCGAAGGUGUGGCGAUAGAAAAUGCAGAAACUGCACUGGAGGUUGUGGAGCACGCCGCUGAGGUAACAGAAAAGUUAGCUGAUAAUGUCGCUAAUGCCCUGCCGGAGAAUGGAAAACUGCAUGAGUUGGCCGAGGAGAUUGAGUACAUUGCUGAGAUAGUGGAUAAGGAUGCACAGAAGGUUGAAGUCAUCAUAAAGAAGAUUGAAGAUGUCAGUAACCAGAUAGAUGCGGCUGUGGAGCCUGUUAUUGAAGACCUCGAAAAGGAAUUCAAGCCAUAGCUAGUUCUGUGCUGGAUCAGAAGCCAAGAAAUGAUUGUUCAUAUACAAGGGAAGAAACCCAGAUUAUUCCUUACUGUAAAUACGCUGUUCUCUUUCUUUCGUUCUGAGCAUCUAUAAUGUACAUAUAUAUUAUAUAUUAUUAUGAUGCCCGAAAAUGAAAACAUGCCACAGUUCUAGCUAGGCUCGGUGAUAGUGUGUGCUGGACGCUCGAAGCCCAAGCCUCCUGUAGUCCGGUUGUAAAAUACAACUGAAGAUCUAUAAUAGUGUAUCGGGUUGAAACUUGAAAA